AUGGGCGCUACAUCUCAGAAGCAGUGGACCGUCCUUAACAAGGACAACGACUUCGAUGGCCUCACCUUUGGCGAGGCCCCUAUCCCGAAAGUCGGUGAGAACGAGGUUUUGGUCAAGUUCCACGCUGCGUCGUUGAACUUCCGUGACCUGAUCAUCCCCAAGGGCCAAUAUCCCUUUGCGCUCAACUUUCCGGUUGUUCCUGGCUCCGAUGGUGCCGGUGAGGUUGUCGAGACUGGCUCCAAGGUGACUCAGUUCAAGAAGGGUGACAAGGUUGUCACUCUGUUCAACCAGCAACACCAGUAUGGUCCUAUCGAUGGCCGCGGUGCCAGCUCUGGUCUUGGAGGUGUUAUUGACGGUACCCUCCGUCAGUACGGUGCCUUCAACGAGAACGGUCUGGUCAAGAGCCCCGAGAACCUCAACCACCUCGAAGCCAGCACUCUCUCCUGCGCUGCUCUGACGAGCUGGAAUGCUUUGUAUGGCUUGAAGCCUUUGCAGCCUGGUCAGACUGUGUUGGUACAGGGAACCGGAGGUGUUAGCAUUUUCGCUUUGCAGUUUGCUAAAGCCGCCGGGGCAAGGGUCAUUGCUACUACCUCGUCCGAGGAGAAGGCGAAGAAACUGAAGGAAUUGGGUGCCGACCAUGUCAUCAACUACAAGACUGAGCCCAACUGGGGUGAUGUGGCCCGCAAGCUGACUCCUGACAACGUUGGUGUCGACCACAUUAUCGAGGUCGGAGGCAGCGGUACUCUCAACGAGAGUUUCAAGUGCAUCAAGUUCGAGGGUGUGAUCAGCAUCAUCGGAUUCGUCGGUGGCGUUGACCCCAACUCCAUGCCCAACGUCCUCGAUACCUUGAGCCACAUUUGUACUGUCCGUGGUAUCUAUGUUGGUAGCAAGGCUAUGAUGAACGACAUGGUCCGGGCCAUUGAGGCCAACAACAUCCACCCGGUUGUGGAUGAGAAGGUCUUCACCCUGGAGCAGACUCGGGAAGCCUACGAGUACAUGUGGGGACGCAACCACUUUGGCAAGCUGGCCAUCAAGAUCGAAUAA